AUGCCAGGGAGACCAACUCUGAAAAGAAAGAGGCAUCUCACUGAAUCUCAAGAUAAAUACUCCCAAAACAAGAUGAAGGUUACUGGAAUAGGAAGGACAAUCCAAUGCAAAAAUUGUCUUCAAAGGGGUCAUAACAAGGCAUCCUGUAAGAAUCCCAAGGUCACACCAGAACCCAAACCCAAGAAAAAAAUGGGUAGACCAAGAUUGGAUCCUGAUAUCAGUCAUUGGACUAGAGGUGGUGUAAGAGGUGGUGCUAGAGGUAGUAGAGGUGGUGCAAUGGGUAGUAGAGGUGGUAGAGGGGGUAAUAGAGGUGGUGCAGUGGGUAACAUAGGUGGUGUAGUGGCUAACAGAGGUGGUAGGGGUAGUAAGAGAGGUGGUAGGGGUAGUAAAAGAGGUGGUAGGGGCAGUAGGACAUCUGUUAGAGUUGAAGUUGGUAGAGGUGCUGAAGUUGAAGGUGAUACAGUUGAAAAUGAGUAUGACACUAUUCCUGAAAAAUAUUUAGUCCAUUUAUGGAAGUCAAUGCAAGAUUUGAAACAAUCAGGGUAUUCAAUUGAAGAAAUUAAAAAUUCACUUAGUCUGACAAAUUCACGUAUGAAGCAACUUAAUGAUUACAAUGACACUAUUGAACAAGUUCUUCCUAUGUCUAUGGAAGAGGAGUAUCCACCUCAGACUGAGACAGAAGAUGGGGGUGAAGAAAUUAUCCUUGAGACACAACCAGAAAGUGAAGAAGAAGAAGGCAUUAAUGACACCCAGGAAUUACCAGUACACCUUAGGAUUGUGAAAAGAAGAAGGCCCUCUCAGAGGAUUGUUAAAAACAAGCUGAAGAAGAUGGGAUGUGUUGGGACUUAUGCAAGUUCAGCAUUGGAGUUAGAUUAGGGUGUUAGGGUGUUAAGGGUAGUAAGGGUAUUUUGGUACAUCUUUUGUGAAUCUUUUGUGAAUGCUACUUUUGUACAUCUUUUGUGAAUGCCCUUAAAUUACUGAUAGCCAUAUUUUGUACAUCUUUUGUAAACACAUUGAAACAUUGUGAAUGCCCUUAACAUGGUUGGUAAUGACAUAUUGGAG